AUGGCACGAGAUAAUCACACUGCAUUUUCUGACUUCAUUCUCCUUGGAUACUCCGAUCUCCCAGAUCUCCAAGGUUUGCUCUUUCUGGUGUUCCUAUUCAUCUAUACAGAAAUCCUGAUAGGAAAUGGACUAAUCAUUUGCAUUACUGUAACAGACCUUGCCCUUCACACCCCCAUGUAUUUCUUCUUGAAGAACCUGUCUUUUCUGGAGAUCUGCUACACCUCAGUCACCCUUCCAAAGAUGCUGGUCAAUUUCAUUGUGGAAAACAAGAGCAUUUCAUUCAUUGGCUGUGCUGCCCAGAUCUAUUUCUUGCUUUUACUAGGAGGCACUGAGUGCUUGCUUCUUGCUGCCAUGGCUUAUGACCGAUAUGUGGCCAUCUGUAACCCUUUACAUUAUAAACUCAUCAUGAGCAAGCAAUUCUGUUUAGGGCUCAUCGCUGGAGCAUUGACUGUCAAUAUGCCAAUACAUGUAGUGCAGACCUAUCUAGUGUUCAUUUUGCCCUUUUGUGACUCUCGUGAAAUCAACAGUUUAUUCUGCGAUAUCCCCCCAUUGCUUGAGUUGGCCUGUGCUGGCACCAACAUUAAUAAAGUGAGUGUGUUUGUAGCUGGCAUGCUUUUGAUUGUCAUGCCCUUUUUCCUUAUCCUUGCCUCUUAUGUCAAAAUAAUCUCUGCUAUUCUGAAGAUGCCUUCAGCGGAAAGUCGGAUGAAAGUGUUUUCUACUUGCUCCUCACACAUCAUUGUGGUAUCUCUCUUCUAUGGCUCAGCUACUAUUGUAUAUUUGAGUCCUAGGUCAAAGGAGACAGAAGACAUUAAUAAGUUGCUUUCCUUGUUUUAUACCAUUUUAGUUCCUAUGUUUAACCCAAUCAUAUAUAGCCUGAGAAACAGGGAAGUGAAGACUUCCCUGGUGAAAUUGCUGUGCAAAAAAAUGUGA